AUGCGACAAAUUGUGUUUCUCAGCUUCUUAGCUAUAUGCUCUGCUGAGCUGGGCUAUCAGUAUCAUCCAAAUAGUGGCUACGAAACUGACCAAGCAUUAGGAAACAGCUAUAGUAGCCAGGAAGCCGAUGACCACUAUAAUGAGCAUGCAGAUUUCCACAAGCAUUUUUAUGCAUUUGCGGCACCAUACGACUCUGGGGAUGAGGCUGACCUUGUCGAGGACAAAAUUUCGGCGCUCUCAAAGAAAAAUUUGCAGGUUGUCUUCAUAAGGGCGCCAGAGAACAAGGUGAUUGAAGGCGCACUCCACGCACUUGCCACGCAAACCAACGAGGAUAAAACUGCGAUCUAUGUGCUGAAUAAGCAAACGGACUCCAACGAAUUGGCAAGCAAAUUGAGUGCCUUGCAGGCGCAGCACAAACAUAAGCCCGUAGUUCAUUUUGUUAAAUACAGGACGGAAGAGGAGGCUGCACUGGCACAGCAGCAGAUUCAGGCGCUAUAUGGAGGUGCAACUGGUCAAUCAUUGCAUCCCACGCCGCAGCCAUCGUUGGGUUAUUCACAGCUCGCAGCGCGGCCGUCACAGGAUUUCUAUUCUCAAGAGCCAAUACACCCACCCCCACCUCCGCCACCACCAUCACCAGAGCCAGGUUAUCUGCCACCGUUACCAAACUAUGGCAAUAUACCGCAACCAUAUGAUGCUGGCGCAUAUCGGGGUAACAUUGAUUUGCCUCCACUACCCUUACCAGAGCAGCAACUGGAUCCAAGCCCCUACGACUUGGAUGCCCGAACUGCUAGAGCACGACGAAUUGAUUUUCGGGUGAACGAAAGACACCGUUCAGACAGUCCUAUGGUGUUUCCCACUGAGACGCCAACUAAAAGAUAUCUACCAACUAUUUCAAAUAGUUAUCUGCCACCUCGGAAGCGCAGAAGACGAGCCCACUUCUAA